CCAUAUAGUAUAUAGUACAUGCAUAAUCCUGCAAGUGCACGUGGAAUCUGUUACCAUUUCUGUCAAAAAAAACGGCACCCCAUUCCACCCCCAUCCCCCAGACAACCCAAACAAAAUCAAAAUCAAAAUCCCCAAAAACCCACUGGUAAUCAAGAACCCUAAUUGAACCCUCCCCAAAAAAAAAGAGAAUUCAAAAUAGAAAUGGAAGAGAUGAGAUCGAAAUCAUACAACAGCAACUAUGGGCACACCAACACCACCAUCUUCUCCAACAACAAUGAAAACCCCAAACCUGAGAAUCUGAGAUGCCACAGUGCCUCUUCUUCCUCAUAUUCAUCUUCUCACCAUCCAAUUUCAAACCCUAACAACAAAACCAACUACUACCACCACAGCAGGGAGGAUGAUUUCAAGAACAAGAAAGGGAAACCGACGCCGCCUUCUUCGUCGUCGUCGGCCGGGUGGGUUUUGGGUGACCCGGCGGAGAUGCAGAGGAAGAAGAGGGUUGCUUCCUAUAAGGCAUACACUGUGGAGGGGAAGCUCAAAGGCUCUCUCAAGAAGAGCUUUAGGUGGAUCAAGAUGAGGGUUAAGGAGCAAAAUAAGAGUAAAACAUUGAGUAAAUCCCAAAAUAGGAAUAAAUGGUUGCUCAACUCUGUCAUGCCGCCGUCAGCAACGCCGGCACCCCAACCGCUGCAAUGCCCCUACCACCGCUGAUAUCGCGCCUCUACCGCCGCUGACAUAGCGCCUCUACCAUCAUCGAUGUCGAUGUCUCUUUAAUCUUCGUCACUGCCGUCAUGAUGAGACGCUU